ACGAAAAUAAGAUAUAGAAAGGAGGGCAGUUGAAUGAUAGAACGCGGAAGAGUCGGACAGACUUCUACAUUGGCGACGAGGAGAAAACAAAAUUAAAUAAAAAAAAAAAAAUAUUAUCGGUGAAUCCAGGAAAACAAAUAAAUUAAAGGAAAAUUGUUAUGACUGAAACAAUGUAUUCAAAAUUCAUUGAAUUACCGCCAUUUGACUUCACACUAUAUGAAGAAAAUAGUGGUUUAGAAUGGACAAAUUGGCACCGGUCAUUCGAAUGGUACCUUAAAGCGAACCAUAUUCAGGAUGAAUCUGACAAAUUUGUAAAACUGAUGCACUUGGCUGGCCGAAAGGUGCAAGAAUUAUACGAGUCGUUACCAACACCAACUAGUAUCACUGAAGUAGCACGUGGACCACUUGCCACCGGUUGCAAUCCACAUUUGUCUGAUUAUGACACAGCUAUACUAAAGCUCAAUGAUUUUUUUGAGCCAAAAAAGAACUCCACCUACGAACGACACGUAUUUCGACUUCUCAAGCAAGACAAAAAUGAAAAAAUUGGCAGCUUCGUUAUGAAACUUCACAUUCAAGCCGAAAAAUGUGAUUUUGGUGAUGCAGUCCAAGACAAUGUCAAAGACCAAAUUAUUGAAAAAUGUUUUUCGGCCAAACUACGCAGAGAACUACUAAAGCUGGGUGACUCCAAUCUUGAAAAAAUUUUGAGAGCGGCCAAAGUUUUUGAAGCCAUCGAGGAGCAAUGCAAAACAUUCGACUCGAACGAAAAAACCAAUAACUUCUCAGAAAAUGUAAACAAAAUUGAGCACAAAGUUCAAAACAAGAACUGGAAAAGUGACAAACCAAAUGAAUGCUCUCGUUGUGGGUAUACUGGACACCAAGCGUUUGAAGAAAAGUGCCCAGCAAGAGGCAAAUUAUGUAAUAAAUGUGGCGGUAAGGAUCAUUUUAUCCGGAAAUGCCGAAGUAAAAAACGAAUACAUAACUUCGAAAACAAAUCUUCAACAAACACCUUUCGAGAAAAAAAUGAAACGCGAUUCUAAAGAACAUUAUAAAUUGAAAAAGCUUAAACCGGACGAAUCAGAAACCAUUAAAUUGCUCGAUGCAAGUGAUGCAAACAAAAAAGUCGAAUACAUUUUUUGCAUCGGAGACACAGCUGGAAACGAAAUUCGUUGUAAAAUUGGUGGCGUUGCAGUCAAGGUUGUUGUCGACUCCGGGUCAAAAUUUAAUAUUAUCGACAGCAAAACUUGGGAGUUUCUUAAAACCAAUGGGAUCAAAGUAUCAAAGCAACGCCAACAAGCAAAUCACGAGUUCAAAGCAUACGGCGGCCAUCCAUUAACUGUAAUGGGAGUGUUCGAAUCCAGCAUCGAGACCAAGCACAAGUGUUGUUUGGCGGAUUUUUAUGUGGUGAAAGAUUAUGGAAAAGCAUUAGUUGGCUUCCAAACAGGCAUCCCAUUGGGAGUGAUGAAAAUAGGCGAAGACGUCAUAAACCAAAUUGACCAGCAUUGUAACUCAAGCAAAAUAAAAGGAUUUGUUGUUGAUAUACCACUAAAGGAAGGUGUAAAACCUGUUGCGCAGCCGUAUCGUCGGGUUCCAGUCCCAUUAGAAGAGGCAGUCGACAAUAAAAUCAAUAAACUCCUCCAAGAAGGAAUUAUUGAGAAGGUGAACGAGCCGUCCCAAUGGAUUUCGCCAGUGGUACCAGUGCCUAAAGGCGAUGACGUGCGAAUUUGCAUAGAUAUGCGCCGAGCGAACGAGGCUGUCCAAAGGGAAAAUCAUCCGCUUCCAACUAUGGAAGACUUUCUUCCCCAUAUCGGAAAAGGGCGGUUUUUCACAAAGUUGGAUGUUAAGGACGCCUUCCACCAGGUAGAGAUUUCAGAAGAGUCUAGACCGAUAACAACAUUCAUAACAAGAAAGGGCUUGUUUCGUUACACCAGACUAAUGUUCGGAAUAGCUUGUGCCCCAGAAUUAUUUCAAAAAAUAAUGGAACAAAUUUUGGUUGGAUGUAAAGGUUGUUUAAACUACAUGGACGACAUAAUUAUUUACGGAGAAACAAUCGAACAUCUAAAUAAACGUGUCGCCAAAGUUUUGGAAACCCUUAAGAGCCAUAACGUUAUGUUAAAUCGUGCAAAGUGCAUUUUUGGAGUAACAGAAUUGGAAUUUCUUGGCCAUAAGUUAUCGGCAUGUGGCAUAGCUCCUACGCAAAGUAAGGUUGAAGCUGUGAAGAAUUUUCGUUGUCCAUCGAGUGUUGCAGAAGUGCGUAGCUUUCUUGGCUUAGUUAACUUUGUGGGAAAAUUUAUUCCAAACUUAGCUAAUCUAACGGAACCACUUCGUACUUUAACUAGGCAAAAUGCAACAUUUAAGUGGCAAAAAGAGCAACAAAUUAGAUUUGAACGUUUAAAAGAAAGUCUGACUAGUGACGUAGUAUUGGGGUAUUACGAUGUUCAAAAACGCACUCAGGUAUACGCUGAUGCUAGUCCAGUUGCUUUGGGCGCAGUGUUAAUCCAAAUUAGUGACAGUGAUGAGCCGAGGGUUAUCACUUAUGCAAGUAAAAGUUUGACCGAUACUGAGAAACGAUACUGCCAAACCGAAAAAGAAGCAUUGGCUUUAGUAUGGUCGGUUGAGAGAUUUCACUUUUAUUUAUUUGGCCGAGUCUUUGAACUGGUGACCGAUCAUAAAGCAUUGGAAACGAUAUUUUCUCCAACAAGUAAGCCGUGUGCACGGAUAGAACGCUGGGUACUCCGUUUGCAAUCUUAUAAUUUUAAGGUCGUAUACAAACCAGGAAAACACAAUAUAGCUGACCCGUUGUCUCGAUUAGUAGUUACCAACAAGGCAGAAGAAUUGUUUGAUUUAGACAAUGAACAAUAUAUCAACUAUGUUGUAGCAAAUGCUGUACCAGUCGCAUUAAAACUAAAAGAAGUGGAAGAGGCGUCUGCAAGUGACAUAACUAUUCGUGAUGUUAAAAUUGGACUCGCAGAAAGAAUUUGGUCUGAUAGAGCUGGGCCGUUUAAAUUAUUCGAAACCGAAUUAUGCUUUGCUGGAAAUAUCCUACUUCGAGGAAGUCGUAUUGUUAUGCCGGAAAAUUUGCGAAACCGUACAAUAGAAUUGGCUCAUGAGGGACAUCCGGGAAUUACAGUCAUGAAACGCCGGUUACGAACAAAAGUUUGGUGGCCAAAAAUAGACAUUGAAGCAGAAGUAUUUGUAAGAAAGUGUCUGGGUUGCACAAUGGUGGCGGCCCCAUCAGCACCGGAACCAAUGAAGCGUAAGGAGCUACCUUCUGAACCGUGGUCUCACUUAGCAAUUGAUUUUAUGGGUCCGUUACCUUCAAGCCAUUACCUUUUAGUCGUUGUCGACUAUUUUAGUAGGUUUGUCGAAGUGGAAAUUAUGACAAAAAUUACAACAAUGGAAACAAUUAAAAGACUUAGAACUAUUUUUGCGCGAUUUGGUAGACCUAACGUGAUAACAGCUGACAAUGGUACACAAUUUACCAGCACCGAAUUCAAAGAUUAUUGUACUGAAAACGGUAUACAAAUUUUGCAUUCUACACCAUUCUGGCCACAGCAAAAUGGUGAAGUGGAGCGCCAAAAUCGUUCUAUUCUAAAGCGUUUAAAAAUAAGCCAGAAUUUGCACCAGGAUUGGGAGAAAGAGUUGCAGGACUACUUGUUAAUGUAUCGUACAACACCACACUCUACCACAUUAAAAUCGCCAUCGGAAUUGAUGUUUGGAAGAACCGUUAGUGACAAGUUACCACAAAUUAACCAGCCAUUUGAAUACGAUGAAGAACUUCACGAUCGUGACAAAACAAAAAAAGAAAAAGAAAAACAAUAUGCUGAUGAAAAGCGAAAUGCCAAAAGUAACUUAAUAGCAGUUGGGGACUUGGUGUGGUUGAAAAACUUGAUAAAUACAAAUAAAUUGUCCGCAACAUUUGAACCAAUCGAUUUUAAAGUAGUUGAACGAAGUGGCUCCGAGAUAGUGGUUGAAAACCUAGAAACCGGUGUACGUUAUCGACGCAAUGUUACACAUGCCAUACGAGUUCCGUUACAAAAUGGAAAUAGAGAAAUACCUACAGAGCAAGAACAAAAACAACAUCAACAACAAAAUGAUCAACAAAGUGUGGACCAAGGAUCGUUAAGCUACCAAGGGCCAACCGCGAAUAAAAGAGCAACUGCGAGCAUGACCACGGAUGAGUUACCACCGCGAAAGAGAAAAGCACCAGCCAAAUUCCAGGACUAUACACAAUAAAAAAAAAAAAAAA